GAAGAUGCUGAUCAUCUUCAUCUACCCUCUGCAAACAUGCUUCGACUGAAACAAUUCGUUCGUCCCAGCGUCUUUCGCUGUUUGCGCCCUCAAUUUUCUGCGGGAGCACUUCGUUACUCCACAGAAACGCCAAAGAAGCCGACAGAGGGUGGUGUUGACGGGUCUGCUACCUCUGCGGCUUCUGGUUCCGAAGUCGAAGUCUUGAAGGAGCAGGUAGCCAAGAAGGACAAGGAGAUUUCUGAGUUGAAGGAUCAAUUCCUUCGUCAAGUCGCCGAUUAUCGUAAUUUGGAGAAGCGUGUCGAACGUGAAACCAAGCAAGCCCGAGAUUUUGCCUUGCAAAAAUUGGCUAAGGAUUUGCUGGAGUCGCUCGACAACUUAGAGCGUGCUCUUGAAAUUGUGCCUGAGGAGAUGCGUAACGACACUAAGAAUCACUCAGAGCUCGCCGAAUUGUACAAGGGUUUGUCUAUGACGGAAGAAAUUCUGAUGAAGACACUUAACAAGCACGGUCUGAAGCGCUACGACGGCGUUGGAGAGCACUUCAACCCCAAUCUCCACGAGGCUGUCUUCUUCGUUCCCGUUCCAGACAAGGAACCGAACACGGUUUUCCAUUGCGAAAGCAAGGGUUUCGACUUGAACGGCCGUGUCAUCCGCCCAGCAAAGGUCGGUGUCGUUAAGGGUCCGGAGUAGAGCGAGUCACGUGCUAGCUUAUCAUUUAAAGGUGGCACGUGAGUAGGUACAGGGUCCGUGCUUGUUUGAUCGACAUCGAAGAUCUGCAGAAAAUCGCACAGCCUGCGCCUUUCGGCAGCAAUGGAUGCAUGUACACUAGAAGCGGGGCAAGCAGAGCGGGGUAACGGAUCUGCGGCUCAAACAGUUCUCUCUUUCUGCAGAUCCUAAAACCUCGUUUCACUUAAAACAAUUAUCUGUUACUGCUAUUUAAAAAAAACAAAUAUGACAUUUGUAAUUUCAAGCUCCCA